AUGUACUUUUAUACUUUAAUGUUAUUUUAGAAGUAGUUUAUUUCUUUUUUAGUCAAUUUAUUUUUGUAUUGUAGAUAAUAAACUUCCAAAGAGUGUUAUUGUAAUGUAUAGGAAAAUCAAGACUGGAUCGAAGCGACCAUCAUCGUGCAUUUCGGACGUGCGCGUACCUUUAGACAAGCUACAAUAUCAUUCUGGGUUUUAUCACCAAAACAUAUCCACUACGGAUCUGGAAAAACUCAUUGAACUUCAAUACUUCGUGUACGAAAGAGGCCGGAAGAUUUCAAAACCGCGCCAACGUCCGCUGUUCGAAUCGUCAUCGGCCGACAGCUUAGAUCUGGCCACGCCUAACUGUUGGAUGCGACGAUGCAGGUCGAAGGAUUUCAAGCGAUCGCGUUCUGCGCGUAAGAUGUCCUUCAACGGGCCCACUUUCUCUCUUCCUUCCAUCAGCGAAAUCCGACGGGAACGCGACCAAGUCCCGGAAAUGAUAUCCGUCAUCCGCGAUCUUUUCAACAUUGCGUUUCAACUCCCCGGUUUGAUAGGGGGCCUGCUCGGCGAGGACAACGACCUCCAUACUCUCAACAUAUCGGAUAUAAAGGCCGCCAGGAGGAGGAGGCCGAAGAAGACCUUUCGCUCUAUGAAGUCGGCGAGUUUCACUCACAGUAACAAAUUCGCAAAAAGUGGUUCCGUAUAAUGGGCAGAAGGGGAUUCUCAUAAUCCACCGAAAACGGCCGGCGACACCUUUGUCCCGCACUAAGAGACUAGACGCCGAAGAGAAGCACCGAUUGCGAAUAACGCUUCAAAAUCUAACUUCAAAAUAGUAGCUAAGAACAAAUAAAUCAGUAGAAGUCAA